AUGUCGUACCCUAAAACCUACCAAGCCUUCAGACGCAGUACAGGCACUAUCCCCACAACACUCGAACUAUCCACUGAAGAAAUUCCAUCACUCACGCCCCAAGAUGUGCUAAUUCGCAUCCACGCCAUAUCCCUAAACUACCGCGACGUAUUCAUGAUGCACGGCAAAUACCCAAUGGAAAUCAUCGAGCAGGGCAUCCCUACAUCCGAUUGCGCAGCCGAAGUGGUAGCUAUUGGAUCCGCGGUGCAUGAUUUUAAGAUUGGGGAUCACGUGGCCCCGAUUUUCGAUUUGAAGAAUCUGGAUGGCACGGAAGAUGAAACGGGUGCCUUGGGUGGAGAUUUCGAUGGUGUAUUGCGCCAAUUCGCGGUCUUUGAUCAAAAUGUCUUGUAUCACUUGCCUGAGCACUUGUCUUGGGAGGAGGCGGCUUGUGUUACUUGCGCCGGAGUAACGGCUUGGAAUGCAUUGGAUAUGCCGAGGUUGAAAGGCACUGCUUUGCUUCAAGGCACUGGAGGCGUGAGCAUGUUUGGCCUACUGAUCUGCCUGGCCGCUGGCAUCCAUCCCAUCAUCACCUCGUCCUCAGACCGAAAACUGGAUCUGGCCAAGGCGAAUGGAGCGCCGGGCGCUAUCGACACCAUCAACUACAAAACGCAUCCUCAGUGGGCAGAGGAGGCACUUCGCAUCACUAAUGGACGAGGUGUUAAUGUUAUAGUUGAUAAUGUGGGAGCAACCGCGAUAGCUCAGAGUCUCUCUGCCCUUGCGCGGAGAGGAACGGUAUCUCUAGUGGGUUUCUUGGGAGGAUUCGACAUGGACACCUUUCCGGAUACGAUCUUGCCGACUUUGAAGAAGGGUGCUACGAUAAGGCAUGUCACCAUCCAAGAGAGAUGA